UCAAGGCAUCUCCAUUAGGCCAAAAUCAGCAGGAGCCUUGAAAUAAGGCAAAAUUACUUCAAAGGAUUGAAACUUGCUGUGUAAACAUGCAUGGGAAGGAAGAGGCAGAGCAGGGCUGACACCCUGUGUCAGGGCUGGCCAACCCAGAGCUGACUUGCAAGGGCUGACACCAGCCAGGAGAUAAAUUGCGUCCACAAACUCAGGGAUGUGCUGCCCUGAGGGUUUGUCCAGCCUAGCACCCCCAGCCCCUCUCCAGAGGGCUUUUGCUCACCCUGGCACACCUGGCCCUUCUCCAGAGAGGUUUGCCCAGCCUGGAAUACUCUGAGCCCCUUUCUGAAGAGGUUUGCCCAGCCUGGCACCCCUGGCUCUUCUCUAGUGGGAUUUUGCCCAGCCUGGCACCCUUGCCUCCUCUCCUGAGGGAUUUUGUCCAGUCUUGCACCCCAGGUCCCUCUCAGGGUGGGGGUUUGCCUAGCCUGGCAGUGCCCAAACCCUCUCUGGAGGGGUUUGCCCAGCCUGGCAUCCCCAGCCCCUCUCCGGAGGAAUUUUGCCCUCCUUGGAACACUCUAGCCCCUCUCCGGUGGGCCUUGCCCAGCCUGGCAUCCCCAGCCCCUCUCCAGAGGGGUCUGUGGCUCAGUUCCCAGGUCCCUGUAGCUCUGCCCAGCUCUUCGAUCGCUGGCCCCGGCCAUGGCGAGAGCGACCCUGCGCCUCCCGCAGCGCUCCCUGGCGGGCGGGACCAGCAGCGUCCUCAGCUGAAGGGGAGACAGCGCCCCAUCGUGGGCGGUCCCGCCCAUUCGCAUUGCGCAUGCGCCGCCGGCAGACGGUCACGUGGCGGAGCAGCAAGAUGGCGGUGUGCGGAGUGUGACCGAGGAGCCCCCCAGUGUGCACGGACCCGCCUGCGCCAUGGUGACGGAGCAGGAGGUGGAGGCCAUCGGCCGCACUCUGGUGGACACGGCACAGCCCUUGCCCACCCGGUUCCGGGCCCUCUUCACCUUGCGGAACUUGGGCGGCCGCGCGGCCGUGGAAUGGAUCAGCCGUGCCUUUGAAGACGGCUCGGCGCUGCUGAAGCACGAGCUGGCCUUUUGCCUGGGCCAAAUGCAGGAUGAGGCGGCCAUCCCGGUGCUCAUCCGCGUGCUGGAGGACACGGCCCAGGAACCCAUGGUCAGGCAUGAGGCAGGUGAAGCCCUGGGUGCUAUCGGGAAGCCCGACGUGCUGGAUAUCCUGAAACACUAUUCCCGGGAUCCUGUGAUCGAGGUGGCAGAGACGUGUCAGCUGGCUGUGAGGAGGCUGGAGUGGCUGCAGAACAACAAAGAGAAGGGAGGCACCAGCCCAUACCUCUCUGUAGAUCCUGCUCCCCCCGCUGAGGAGACGGAUGUUGCCAAGCUCCGGGAGAUCCUCCUGGAUGAGUCCCAGGAACUGUUUGACCGCUACCGGGCCAUGUUUGCCCUGCGGAACGUGGGGGGCCAGGCUGCUGUGCUGGCACUGGCAGAAGGGCUGCGCUGCGGCAGCGCGCUGUUCCGCCAUGAGAUCGGGUACGUGCUGGGGCAGCUGCAGGACGAGGCGUGUGUCCCUCAGCUGACGGCCACGCUGUGCAGCCGUGCCGAGAACCCCAUGGUGCGGCACGAGUGCGCUGAGGCGCUGGGCUCCAUCGCCCGGCCCUCCUGCCUGCGGGCCCUGCGCGCCUUCGCCGGUGACGAGGAGCGCGUGGUGCGCGAGAGCUGCCAGGUGGCCCUGGACAUGUAUGAGUAUGAGAACAGCUCCCAGUUCCAGUACGCUGACAGGCUCUGCAAGCUGCAGGCCUCCUCCUGAGCCUGGUCUGGGGGCACUGAGGUGGAUGUGCUGCCUCCCACCCCCUCCUGCUGCCAGUGGCACUUUCACAGCCACCACUGUUGGUGCGGAUCCGUGCCUUGCUGCGCGGAGCUGGAGGAGGGACUGGUUUUGAUCUCUGGCACAAUUACAACCACCUUUUCCCUCCAAAUCCAGGCUGAGCUGCUACUUGCCUACCCCACUUCUCGCCAGCCACUGUUUCCUGGAUCUGCCUCUUUUUCCUGCCAGGAUCAGCACUGCCUGUGCGCAGCGUGGCUUGGGGCUUGGACCAGGUGGGCUCUGCUUGGCAUGUCAGAGCCUGCUGCAGCUCUGCAGGGCUUGGGUCUCCCCUGGAUUGGUGCUGCCACGUUGGCAGCUCCAUUCUCCCCAGCUGAGCUUUGCUGGGGGCUAAGAUGGGCUUUGGGAACCUGCUCUUGUGGGCUAUGGUGUUAGGAUGCUUUGAUAUUGCUCUCAGUGCUGGUGCCAAGCUGGGGCCCUCCUCGCCUCCGCAGUGGGUUCGGCUUCUCCUGUUGGGACAGGCUGGAGCUGAGCCUGUGGCAACCUCUGCCCCGGGAUGGGGGUUGUUUCAUGGCAAAGUUGGGAAGAUACGGCUGGAUUUUUUUCUGCAGGGAAGGGCGCUGCCAUUAGGGUGGGCAGGGUGAGGCAAAGCCUGCCUGGGCUUUCUCCCAUGUUUAACCAGGGCCAGAAGGGCUGAGACUGCUGCUGGCACCCAAAUCCCUCAGCCAGCCCAGCCUGGGCACUGGGGUUUGGGGUUUGGCAGGGAAUAAAGCAUCAGCACAGGAAGCUGGA